AUGGCGGCGGGCGUGGCGGCCUGGCUGCCGUUCGCGCGCGCCGCGGCCAUCGGCUGGAUGCCCGUGGCCUCGGGGCCCAUGCCCGCGCCCCCGCGGCAGGAGCGCAAGCGGACUCAGGACGCCCUGAUCGUGCUCAACGUGAGCGGCACCCGCUUCCAGACGUGGCAGGACACCCUGGAGCGCUACCCGGACACGCUGCUGGGCAGCUCGGAGCGGGACUUCUUCUACCACCCCGAGAGCCAGCAGUACUUCUUCGACCGCGACCCCGACAUCUUCCGGCACAUCCUCAACUUCUACCGCACGGGGAAGCUGCACUACCCGCGCCACGAGUGCAUCUCGGCCUACGACGAGGAGCUGGCCUUCUUCGGCCUCAUCCCCGAGAUCAUCGGCGACUGCUGCUACGAGGAGUACAAGGACCGGCGGCGGGAGAACGCCGAGCGGCUGCAGGACGACGCGGACACGGACACGGGCGGGGAGAGCGCGCUGCCCAGCAUGACCGCGCGCCAGAGGGUGUGGCGCGCCUUCGAGAACCCGCACACCAGCACCAUGGCGCUCGUCUUCUACUACGUGACCGGCUUCUUCAUCGCCGUGUCGGUCAUCGCCAACGUGGUGGAGACCGUGCCGUGCGGGGCCAGCCCGGGCCACGCCAAGGAGCUGCCGUGCGGGGAGCGCUACGCCGUGGCCUUCUUCUGCCUGGACACCGCGUGCGUCAUGAUCUUCACCGUGGAGUACCUGCUGCGCCUGGCCGCCGCCCCCAGCCGCUACCGCUUCGUGCGCAGCGUCAUGAGCAUCAUCGACGUGGUGGCCAUCCUGCCCUACUACAUCGGGCUGGUGAUGACGGACAACGAGGACGUCAGCGGGGCCUUCGUCACGCUGCGGGUCUUCCGCGUCUUCCGCAUCUUCAAGUUCUCCCGCCACUCGCAGGGCCUGCGCAUCCUGGGGUACACGCUCAAGAGCUGCGCCUCCGAACUGGGCUUCCUGCUCUUCUCGCUCACCAUGGCCAUCAUCAUCUUUGCCACCGUCAUGUUCUACGCCGAGAAGGGGUCUUCGGCCAGCAAGUUCACCAGCAUCCCCGCGGCCUUCUGGUAUACCAUCGUCACCAUGACAACGCUAGGGUAUGGUGACAUGGUACCAAAAACCAUAGCGGGGAAGAUUUUUGGCUCCAUCUGUUCGCUGAGCGGGGUCUUGGUCAUUGCUCUGCCGGUUCCGGUGAUUGUAUCUAACUUCAGUCGAAUCUACCACCAAAAUCAACGAGCAGACAAACGGAGGGCACAGAAGAAAGCCAGGCUGGCCAGGAUCCGGGCGGCCAAGAGCGGGAGCGCCAACGCCUACAUGCAGAGCAAGCGCAACGGCUUACUCACCAACCAGCUGCAGUCCUCCGAGGAAGAGCAGGCCUUUGUUAGCAAAUCCGGCUCCAGCUUUGAAACCCAGCACCACCACCUGCUUCACUGCCUGGAGAAAACCACGAAUCAUGAGUUUGUGGAUGAGCAGGUCUUCGAGGAGAGCUGCAUGGAAGUGGCGCCUGGCAACCGGCCUUCCAGUCACAGCCCCUCUCUGUCUUCACAACACGGAGUCACCAGCACUUGCUGUUCACGACGACACAAGAAAACCUUCCGCAUCCCAAAUGCCAAUGUGUCAGGAAGCCACCGAGGCAGUGUGCAAGAGCUCAGCACGAUCCAGAUCAGAUGCGUGGAGAGGACCCCGCUGUCGAACAGCCGGUCCAGUUUAAACGCCAAGAUGGAAGAAUGUGUUAAACUAAACUGUGAACAACCAUAUGUGACUACAGCAAUAAUAAGCAUCCCAACACCUCCAGUGACCACCCCGGAAGGAGACGACAGGCCAGAGUCUCCAGAGUACUCAGGAGGCAAUAUUGUCAGAGUGUCUGCUUUGUAAGACAAUUGGAAUCAGGUCUAAGAGAACUGGAGCUCUGGCUGGGCAAAGAAUCCCAUGCGAAAGAAGAAGAAACAAUACACGUUUUGCAGAUGAGAACAGCAAAGCGAGAAGGUUGGCAGUGAAGUGAAAAAAACAAAGCUUCCAAACUUGAGGAUGGAAAGGAAACCACCAAAUGGCAUUUCUGGGCAGAGUUUGACCUGUCAUGCAGAGGAAGAGUCUGUGACCCUUUGACUUUGUGAAUGAGCACAAUGAAAUGCCGCCUAUCGAUGCUUCUUAUGAUCUGAACUCUUUUUUAAUAAAAAUAAAUAAAACAAAUCUUUGAACAUAAUGUUCCAGUUGAAUGCAAAACAAAAAAAAUAUGGAAAACAUUUUGAUAAAAAUUUUUCCUGUUAAAACCAUGAACAUUGGCUAUGAUGAAGAUUAUUACGUAUUUAAAAAAAAAGAAAAGAAACUCCUACGACACAUUUGUAUUGACUGAAGGAAACCAUCAUAAUGCAUGCUAGAAUUCUUUGGAGCAGUGAUUUCAGUGUCCUUCUGUUGUCUUCAGAAUAGGCAUGAUAAACUAUAAUUGUAGAAAGGGGGAAUUUCUGUGCACUUACAACAAGCUGAUUGUUCAUGUUCCAUGGUGGGCUGUGCAAAUAAACUCCUUUUAGAGCUGCGGUAUUUCUCAUGGGGAUGCUCAUUAGUAAAUCUAACGCGUUCAGAUAGUUCAGUAUUAAUUAUCGUUUGACCUUGCACCUAGAUACUGUUACAACCGCAAUAAUUCAUUGUACACCUGUUGUAUCAGGAAUCAGGAUUUUUUUUGUUGUUGUUGUUGUACCUUCCAGAUCUUCAUAGAUACAGUAAGAGCCACGCUCGUAGAGAAACUUGCGGUGUGGCCGGGUUUUAGAGAACUUUUUAAUCCAAAACUAUUGUGCCAUAAAUGUCUUUCGGUAACAUUCUCUGGUCCACUGUACCCCCCCGUGACGGUGCAUUAUCUGUUCUUGGACUUCUAUAGCGCCUUUCUAUUGGGUUUGUCGUCAUCAACCGGACUGACGUUUUGUAGUUCAAAUGACUUUCCUACUUUUGUAGUCCCCAGCAUAUUACCUUGUAAGUAGAUCGCUAUCGUCAAUCCCCUUGUCAAAAAUUAGGAGAAAGGAGUUGACAUCCGUGAAUGAUCUCUCUAACCUCUUUGCUGUUAGGGAAAAAGCCCAGACACUGGACGUAUCGCUAUGGGUUUCAGGCAAAGAGUAGGCUGGGAUUGAUGUCACAAAAUCCGUAAUCCCAGAACUUCACUUGAUGUAUUAUUUAUUUUACUUUAGAUCUUGAAUACACUUUGAGAACAACCAAUGUGAAUUGGAAGGCAGAGAUAAACUAGAGUGCUUUACGUAGCAGUAUUGGACGAGAGCACGCUUUCUACACCCGUGGAGAAGGCGGCACAAAUGUAUCUGAGACAGGUUCCUGUGUCCUGCGAGGAGCGAUUUUCUCCACUAAAUCAGGACAGGAGUUUGAUGAUGCAACGUCGAUCUCUGUGUACAUUUAAGUGAAAAGUCUCUACAGCUUUUCACCUUUGAGAUAUAUCAGCAGACGUGUCUGCGCGUGACAGUGUAAAAAAGUUUUACGUCGAAUGAAAAGUUUUGUUCAUUCCAAACCACCACUGUAAGAAAUAAAGUUUAGCCUCCGUACACGGAAAGAAUUAAUAAUUAUCCCUCUACUAUAGAAGAUUUUAAAAAUGCUUAUCAUAAUUUAUCAUAAAAAGGAAUUAAUCCAACCAUUUUCAAGUAAAGCCAGAGAUCCUUGCUUCCCAUUUCUAGAAUAGCUUCUAGAACAGUGCUGUGCACAUGGUAGAUCUUAAUAAAUAAUUCGCUGAAUAAAAGUAAGAUCCGCUCUACUAUCUCUAGGGAAGAACUGGCUUCAUUUCUAGUACGUCUUUUAAAAAGUUACUAAUCUUCCUGGAGCGUGAAUAUUAACAAUUAUAUUAACACCUGCCUCAUAUCACUUUAUGCUUCUAGAGCAAAUAUAGUGAAACUUCUGUGAUGGCAUUUGUUGAAAAACUUUUUAAAAAGUAGACUAAGGAAACCGCAGUCGGGAAUACUUAGGUCUUCUGAUUCCCAAUGAAAAGUUCUAUUUUCAUGUUCUUAAUACUACAUUAAAAAAAAAAAAAAAGCAGUUAGGCUAUUUUAGUUGACAGUUCUGCCUCCUUUUCGACUUCUCAUUUAUCCCAAACUCUUAAUUUCUUUAGAUUUUUGGAAAAUUAAAAAAAAAAACUUUUUGGUGUUUUAGGUGAUUUAAAAAAUAUACUGUGUUGGUGGUGAAUGACUAUUGAUGACUGUGUUAAGUGCAUCUGUAUUGUAAGUGAAAUGUAAUUAUUUCUGUGUACCAUAUGGAGUAACCGAGGUCAUUGUUUUUGACAAUUUUGUUUGAAAUUCAUAUAUCUUAUUUCAAAGGAUAGCAUAAUAUCUGCAUUAUGCUGGAAAAAAAAAAUAGACCUUUGGAGAAUACUUAAAUAAAACAUGUGCAUGCUUGAACAGGA